AUGAACAAGGAAAAAAUUGGCUCACUAAAUAAUGAUCUUAUUAAUUUCAGUGUAUCUGCGGCGUUUCCUGUGGCAUUGUUUGGAGCACCAUUCGGCCUUCCAGCGCCGUCAGUUAACACCGUCAACGUUGGAAUAGUAUCUGGAACAGGUGUUGCAGCACCACCUCUAUUCCCUUACUUGAUGGCGAUGCCUUGCCCUGGACACACGGAGAAAAGUCAACUUUAUUCGUCUGCAUUGGAACGUAGCAGUUCCCAGCUUCGCUCAUCCUGUAACAGCAAAUCUAACACUGUGCACCCUCCGCCAGAGGCGCUAAACACGGAAUACGAAAUAACGGAUGGGAAACGUGCAUACCAACCUCUCCACGGAGCCGACUUGACUUAA